AUGUCCCUCCGCAUCGCACCCCCCAGCGGCAACCGCACCUCAACCACCAACACCUCCACCCGCCAACAGAUCACACACACCAUAGCCCGCCCCUCAAAGGGCGCCCCCUCAGCCCCCGGCCUCCCCGAUACUCUCCGCAACAAGCUCACCCUCCCCGCCUCCGCAACGGCCUCGUCAACCAACCACCCGUCCGCGGCCGAUAUCCCCGCCUCGUCACACCCGCUGGAGGCCCGCCUGCUGGCGUGGCGCGCAACCCAAGACUCAAUGAAGAUGGAAUCCCUGCGCCGGGCGUACGGAAUUGCCGAGCCCGUGCGCCGCGGAAUGGAGCUGAAGAUCGUGCGGGACGGUACGUUCCGGCCGGCUGUGCUGGGUGGUCUGAAGGGCGGCAAUGUGCAUGAGGAUAUCCUCGUCCUUGGGGGGCGGGAUACAGAGAUUGGAUGGGAGGAUGUAUUCCAGGGCGAUGAGCUCCGGGAACCGCCCUCGUUCCAUGACGAGAUGGAGAAGAGGCUCAAGAUGGACUUUUAA